AAAUGCGAAUCAAAGGGCUACCUACCUACCUACCUUGAGGUGCUUCCGGAGCUUAGUGUCCCCGCGGCCCGGUCGUCGACCAGGCCUCCUGGUUGCUGGACUGCAACCUUGGACCUAAUUGCUGGACCUAAUUGCUGGGCAGGCAAUUAGGUUUCACAGGCAGGGUUGACCUAUUGUGACGUCGAUUGAACCGAUCAUUUGUGAUGGACUCAGGGAGAGAGAAGUGAAAUAUCCUGUGUAGAGUGAAGCGACGAUCCUGUGUAGAGGAAAGCGACGAUCCUGUGUAGAGGAAAGCGACGAUCCUGUGUAGAGGAAAGCGACGAUCCUGUGUAGAGGAAAGCGACGAUCCUGUGUAGAGGAAAGCGACGAUCCUGUGUAGAGGAAAGCGACGAUCCUGUGUAGAGGAAAGCGACGAUCCUGUGUAGAGGAAAGCGACGAUCCUGUGUAGAGUGAAGCGACGAUCCUGUGUAGAGUGAAGCGACAAUCCUGUGUAGAGUGAAGCGACAAUCCUGUGUAGAGAGAAGCGACAAUCCUGUGUAGAGUGAAGCGACGAUCCUGUGUAGAGUGAAGCGACAAUCCUGUGUAGAGUGAAGCGACAAUCCUGUGUAGAGUGAAGCGACAAUCCUGUGUAGAGUGAAGCGACAAUCCUGUGUAGAGUGAAGCGACAAUCCUGUGUAGAGUGAAGCGACAAUCCUGUGUAGAGUGAAACGACAAUCCUGUGUAGAGUGAAGCGACAAUCCUGUGUAGAGUGAAGCGACAAUCCUGUGUAGAGAGAAGCGACAAUCCUGUGUAGAGUGAAGCGACAAUCCUGUGUAGAGUGAAGCGACAAUCCUGUGUAGAGUGAAGCGACAAUCCUGUGUAGAGUGAAGCGACAAUCCUGUGUAGAGGAAAGCGACAAUCCUGUGUAGAGUGAAGCGACAAUCCUGUGUAGAGGAAAGCGACGAUCCUGUGUAGAGAGAAGCGACAAUCCUGUGUAGAGGAAAGCGACGAUCCCGCACUCAAGGCUAGUCCUGUGGAACCGACCAGACCUGUGGGCUGUAGUGGACCUGAAUGUGAGUGAACACGAAUUGAACAAUCUCCUUUUUUUAGUGGGUGAUGAAUCAACCAGAAGUGACCGGAACUACGAGGUCUCUCUAGCGUGACGGGUAGAUAUAUACAUCCCUCAAAAGUAGACAGCGAGUGAAGAGAGGGGUAGAAAUAGCCUAAUCUACCCUAUCCCUUUGAGAUGUAUUUCUUUCUCGUCUCAAUAAUUGAACUUGGCAUCGAGUGAAACGCCAGGUGUAUCCCCUCUCUCUCUAAGAGUACCUCUUGAGUGCAUGAAAGAGAAAGAGAAUAAGUGAUUCGAGGACUCUGUGAGUGUCUGAAGAAGGGGGAGGAGGAGGGGCAUGGCGGGAGUCAUGUAUCAGGGCUACGCCACGUAUCUACAGGCCUAUCAGCGGCACUCCAAUCACUACUGCCCGUCGGCACCUCUGGCACUCAACCACUAUGAUAAGAAGUACAGACUUCAAGACACCGGGGCCGGGGGUUCCUCCCAGCCACCUACCCCAGACCUCCAACAGCAACAGCAACAGCAGCAGCAACAGCAACAACAGCAGCAGUUUGCAGCGGCAGCGGCUGCGGCGGCGGCGGCGGCGGCAGCUGCCUCUACCAGCAGUACAACAGCACCCUUACCUAACUCGCAGACAGCAGCAGCAGCAGCAGCGACGCCUGCAGCUGCUGUGUCUGCAGCUGCUCACUCCGGGGUGUGUUCCUCGCCAGUAGCUCCGCAGCAGCAGCAGCAGCAGCAACAGCAGCAGCAGCAGCAGCAGCAGUCAGUCUCACAUUCUUCAAAGACAGACGAAAAGCAGCAGCAGCACGCGGACGCUCACUACAUCUCAGCCAACUGUGUGGUGCUGACGUACUUCAGCGGGGACCUGGCCACAGCUGUCGAUGAGCAUUUCUCCAGAGCCCUCACACAGUCCUUCAGUAAGACCAGUAAAG